AUUCUUGUUUAUAUGAGACCGCUGAGGGGCAAGCACAUUGCUUUCCAAAAACCAGGAAUCUUUCUACGCUGUCAUGGAAGUUCCUCUCGCUCUGAGUGGCAGUGUAAGCUGCUUGCGCGCCUUGACAAUGGUUCUCCAGCCACUCUUGCCGAUAUCAUAUGCGAAUGUGGCCAACACAGAGCCCUUCAACAGGGAAAGCUGGUUCACGCACAUAUAUCGCGGCAAGGAUUGGACGGAGGCACAUUUCUAGGCAACAGGCUCAUUGAGAUGUAUCUCAAGUGUGGUUCUGUAGCUGAUGCUCGACGAACACUCUACAGUAUGCAAGGGCAGACAGUAGUAACUUGGACCGUGAACAUGGCAGCUUUCUCACAGCAUGGUUACUGCAAGGAAGCUAUCCGGUUACUCAGAGAGAUGCAGCUACGUGGUUUCCAAGUCGACAGGGUGGCCUUCGUCACAGCUCUCGGUUCGUGCACUACUUGCGGAUCUCUCGUAGAUGGGAAGCAAAUCCACGCUAACUUGGUGGAGUAUGGACUGGAAAGGAACGGCAGGGUGGGCAGUGCGCUCGUAAACAUGUAUGGAAAAUGCGGGGACUUGGACGCUGCCUCAGAAGUCUUUGGUAAGCUCGAUCCUUUGCAUGUAGCGGCCUGGUCUGCGUUGCUUGGAGCUUAUGCUAACUCUGAAAACGACGCUGUGCAGGCUUUGGAACUCUACAAGAGAAUGCAGCUGGAAGGUGUUCGUCCGGACAGCGUUACGUUUGUCACCUGUCUCAAAGCCUGCACUGUCGAGGGAGCCUUGGGAGAUGGCAGAAAAGUUCACGCUCAUAUACGCGAGUUGGGGCUGGAGACCGACAUUUAUGCGGCAAAUGCUCUCAUCAACAUGUAUGGAAAGUGUAGAAGCCCCGAAGACGCCUUCCAGCUCUUCAGCAGGAUGGAGAGUCCAAACGUGGUUUCCUGGACGUCCGUCAUCGGGAACUUUGCGCAGUAUGGUCACCUGGGAAGAGAAUCCGUGUUACUGUUCCGGAAGAUGGAGCUCGAAGGGAUCCGUCCGAACUUGAUCACCAUGGUGGCCGUGCUGAGAGCUUGCAACUUAACAGAUGGGAGACAGGUCCAUGGAUAUGUUUUGGAAGCUGGAAUGAGUUUGGAUACCUCGCUGGGAAAUGCUCUCGUGGACAUGUACUGCAAGACCGGGGGUGUUGACGAAGCCGAUGUAGUGCUCCGUGAGAUGCCCAAGCGGGACGUGAUUUCCUGGAACAUUAUGAUAUCGGGGUAUGCUCAGAGUGGAGACUGCAAGGAAGGACUGAGAUGCCUUUGGCGAAUGCAGCAAGAUGGGCUUUCGCCAACCAAGGUGACUUACGCUACGUUGCUCAACGCGUGCUCGAGCGAAGAAGACUUGGGCGAAGGCAAGUCUAUCCAUCGCAGCGUUGUCGACAUGGGACUCGACCGGGACGAGGUUGUCAAGAGUUUCCUGCUGGGGAUGUAUGGAAAGUGUGGCAGCCUUGAAGACGUGAAGCGAAGUUCCUGUGAAGUUCACGAGAGGAACACCAUCGCCUGGAACACAAUAAUCGGAGCCUAUGCUCGGUACAGCGAUCACUUCCAGGCUUUGCGGAGCUUCCAGCAGAUGCAGCUCGAAGGCGUCAAGGCAGACGCGGUAACGUUCGUUCUCAUGCUUGGGACUUGCAGCAGUCCAGCACACUUGGCUCAGGGGAUCCUGCUGCACGACUGGAUCUCCCAGCUUGGAUUCGAGUCCAUCAUCGUCCACAACUCUCUCACAGCGAUGUACGCAAAGUGUGGCUCCCUGGACGCCGCACGAAAGAUGUUCGAGGAGAUGCCGUCACGGAACAGCGUGUCGUGGAACUCACUGAUGUCGGCCGCGAUUCAGCACGGCUGCCAUGCCGACGCUCACAAGUUUUUUCAGAGGAUGAAGCUGGAAGGCUCGAGACCAGACGAAGUUACGUGCAUCAGCAUGCUCGACGCUUGCACGAAGCAAGCAAAUGCCAAAGAAGGGAGCAGCAUCCACCAGAUGGUCGUGGAGAGCGGCUUCGACAAGAGGACCGGCGUUGCAAACGCGCUCAUCUUCAUGUACGCGAAGCUUGGCGAUCACGAAGCAGCGAGAAACGUCUUCGAUGCCAUGGCCGAGAGGAACACCGUCUCCUGGAACACCAUCCUCGCGGCUUACGUUGAGAAGGGCCUCAACCGGGACGCGGUGGAGAUGUUUUGGAAGAUGGACGUGGCUCGAGACAAAGUCACGUACGUUGCUGCUCUAGACGCGUGCUCUGGCCUCGCGGGAGGCCUCGCUCACGGCAAACUCAUCCACGGCUACAUGCUCGAUCACGGCUUCUCCAACCGGCUCGACACGGUAGCAGCCACGGCGCUCGUCAACAUGUAUGGAAAGUGUGGCAGCCUCCAAGAAGCGCGGAAGAUCUUCGACGGGAUGCUUCACAGGGACGUGGUGACUUGGACGAGCUUGAUCGUGGCCUACGCGCAGCACAGCGAGAUCGAGCAGGCGCUCAAGCUGGUGAAGAUCAUGGAACAGGAGGGAGUGAAAGUCGACGACGUUGUGUUCUUGAGCAUCCUCUCGGGCUGCGACCACUCGGGCCUCCUCGAGGAGGGGUGCAAGUACUUCGUCUCCAUGAUCGAUGACUAUGGCAUCAGUCCCCGGCUGGAGCACUACAACUGCAUCAUCGACGUGCUGGGACGAGCUGGGCAUUUGGAUCUCGCCGAGAAGCUCGUGGAUCGUCUCCCGUCUCGAUCGGAUAGCAAAGUCUGGAUGACUUUGCUUGCAGCGUGCCGGAUGCAUGGGAAUCCGGAGAGGGGGAAGCGUGCUGCUCGUCGGAUCACGCUGCUGGAUCCAUCCAUCCCGGCUGCUUACGUUGUUUUGUCCAACAUCUACACACAGACUCAAGCUUCUUGAUACAUGGUUUUAAAAGAUGGUAACAUUUUUCAA